AUGAGCUUGGAGCGCGCAGGUGUUAAAUGCACCAAAGAUGGCAUCUCCGUGGAUGCGAAGUUGCGGACGUCAGCAAAGCACAUCUAUGCGGUUGGGGACUGCUUGGGCGGCCUUCAGUUCACCCACCUGGCUGGGUACCAGGGUGCUCUGGCGGCCUUCAACGCUGUGCAGCCGGUGUCUCUAGCUGGACCUGGAAAUGCGGCAGUUCCGCGCUGCACCUUCACCCAUCCGGAGGUGGCGACCGUGGGGCUGACCAUGAAGGAGGCGGCAGACGCGUACGGGAUGGACAAAGUCUCGGCAAAGAUGCGCAUGCUGUCUCACGUUGACCGCGCGGUCUGUGAAGGGGAGACGGAAGGCUUCAUCAAGAUCGUGGUGGACAGCGGAGGCAAGAUUCUUGGCGCCACGGUGGUAGCGCCAGCGGCGGGCGACGUGGCGCAGGAGCUCGGCCUGGCUGUCGCACAGAGGCUCACGUUGCGUGCAAUCUCCACCUGCAUCCACUCCUACCCUGCCAUGAGUUUUGCGCUUCAGCAGAUGGCUGCGGACCAUGUCUACAACAGCCUGGAGAAGAGCAGCGCGCUGUCCUGCCUCCGAUGCCUUUGCGGACCCCGCCUUCAUGGCAACAGUAGGCCCUCUAGCAGCGAGGAGAGUUUUUCACAGUGA